AAAAAUGCUUAUGGUGAAUUGUUACGUUUGGUUACGCCUCUCAUUCAACACUCGUGGGGGGAUGCCUAUGGCCAUAAAGAAAUUUGUAUAAACUAAUUAAUUCAGACGUGAAUUCGUGAUUGUACGUACCUACGCAAAUCUGCCAUUUUUGAGUGACGAUGACAAACGACCUCAUGAAACGCGAGCGAGCCUCGACACAAAGUACACUCGACUGUGGCUUGAACACUGAACGCCCAACCACACGCACAGACAAGUACGCGCAGGCCGGGCUUGCGCAGGCAAAAUUUCAAGCAAGUCGAAAAGUGCGCAGGCCGCGCUGUGGGGUUGGCGCGUGAUACAGUUUUACCAACUAUACGCACCGUGUUCCGUGUACAAACCGGCCUGCGCAGGCAAAACUGUGGUGAAGCUCGUGCGUGUGGUAGGCCCAUUAUACACAAAGAACUAUCGCGGUAGUGGCACUCGUAUCUGGUGGUUUGAUUUAUUGUCGAGAAUGAAACAAAAGAAUAUAGUAAUGUAUUUAUUUUUUAAGCAAUUAACUGCUAGAUGUUUAAAUCUAAAGUAAAGUUUACUAGAAAAAAAUCCACGCGGACCAGGCAGCAGACGGGACUCGAGCCGCUUCGACACGGCCGUCAGGGCCGCGGCAGCAUAAUGGACGCUGCGUCAAGCUCAUCAUCACCCAGUGCUUCUGAAGAGGACGAGCAAGAUGUUCAAUCUAAAAAACAGACAAAAGUCAAUAAAUGUAAGGAAACAAUAAGCCGACCAAAGGAUUCUGAGUACAUUGUUACACCGGAUAAUUAUUUCUUAAUGCAUUCAAGCAAAAAGAUCGCCACUUCAGACCACACAUUGGCCAGACUGAAAAAUUUGAACAUCGACGACAGCAUGGGAGAUAUAGAAAUAUCAGAUGAACAUAAAAGCAGAAUACUUGAACUGACUCAAUCAUAUGAACAACUCUUUAACAGGUGGCUUUACACUUUGAGUGAGAAUUUCAACUUAAUCCUGUACGGCGUUGGCUCGAAAAGGAUGUUAUUGCAGAAAUUCCAAAUGCAAAAGCUGCAAGAUUUUCCUUGCGUUGUGGUGAAUGGUUUCUUCCCCAGCUUGACUAUAAAAACUAUUUUGGAAUCAAUUGUUGUUGAUGUACUAGAAAACAGUCAUGUGCCUUCUAAUCUCGGAGAUGUUGUCAGUCUAAUAGAUACGCAGUUGAGAGAUUGUGGAAUGCACUUGUUUCUGAUAAUACACAAUAUAGAUGGAACAAUGCUUCGUAAUUCCAAAGCUCAAUCUGCUUUGGCAAGCAUUUCGCAGAUUGAGAAUGUUCACACUAUUGCGACAAUGGAUCAUAUUAAUGCGCCUUUAUUAUGGGAUCAUUCAAAACUGAGUAAAUUCAAGUUCACAUGGUGGGAUGUCACUACUUUCAUGCCAUACACUGAGGAAACUUCAUUCGAAAACUCUAUAAUGACGCAACGGAGCGGAGCAUUGCAGCUUUCAUCCCUACGAAGCGUUUACCAAUCCCUCACCAGCAAUGCUAAGGGAAUUUUCAAUAUCAUAAUCAACUUUCAGUUGGAGAAUCAGAAGCUAGCACACUAUCAAGGUUUACCUUUCAAGGAUCUGUAUUCAAAAUGCCGCGAGCAGUUUUUAGUCAGCUCGGAUCUUGCGUUGAGAGCACAGCUAACAGAAUUUUUGGACCAUAAACUUGUUAAAAUUAAGCGAACUUAUGAUGGAAGUGAAAACCUUAUUAUACCUAUAGAAACUAUUUUAUUGCAACAGUUUUUAGAACAAGAGAGUUAA